AGUCACAUGACCGGGUGAUGGAGGCCGCAGUGGAGGACCUUUGAUCAAUGGAGUAGCGUAGCUAGACAUGGCAAAAUACAUCAGCCGGACGGAAACGCGGGGUUUUCCCUGUAUUAAAGUCUUUAAGAGCCGAUUUUGAGAUUCUGAGACGUUGAUCUGCAUCUGAUCUGAGCAACCGAGCCCCAGCAGGCGCUUUUAAUGGCUGCACAAUGAAGGCCCAAUUACAGAUAAUAGUUCUCUCAGCUAAGCUGAAGGAGAACAAGAAGAACUGGUUCGGGCCUAGUCCGUACGUGGAAGUGGCCGUGGAUGGCCAGUCUAAGAAAACGGAGAAAUGCACCAACACUCACAGCCCCAAAUGGAAGCAGCCUCUCACUGUGAUUGUUACCCCCUUCAGCAAAUUAAUAUUUCGUGUCUGGAGUCAUCAGACUCUCAAAUCAGACAUUUUGUUGGGAAUGGCGACUUUAGAAGUCAGUGAGACCCUCAAGUCGAAUGACAUGAAGAUCUGUGAGGUGGUGCGGACCCUGCUGCUGAGCACUGAGAGAGACGGUAGUGACGUGGUGGGGGAUUUGUCGGUGUGUUUAGAUGGAAUGCAGGUGGAUCCUGAAACCUUCGCCUCAGAAGAACAGAAGCACAAUGCUCUUCCUAAUGGGGAGUCCAGGCUGAAUGGGGAUUCGGCUGGAAGAUCAAGUCGAGACUCUUCGCCAUCCAGUGACAUUGCUGACGAUACUUCGCUUCCCAAUGGCCACGCUAUGGGCAGUACAGGGUCACCCUCUCCUUCAGCAGGUUCUCUGAGACCACCACGCCCUCCUAGACCACAACGCCCUCCCCCGCCAUCACCUCAGAGACCACCCUCUUCCACAGCCUCUUCUACAGGCUCUACUCCAACCCAUGGCAGUGCCGGUCCUAGUCCAGAGGUUUCACCACGUGUGUGUGUUAAUGGUGAACCAGCAAGCCAGGGCUCAAACUCUGGUUCUGGUUCAGGCCAGGCCCUCCGGGUCAGCCCGACACCACCCAGAGUUUCCCCCAUCAACAACGGCCCUCUUCCUCCAGGCUGGGAGCAGAGAGUGGAUCAGAAUGGACGUCUCUACUUUGUGGAUCACAUUGAGAAGAGGACCACAUGGGAGAGACCAGAACCGUUGCCUCCUGGUUGGGAGCGUCGUUUGGAUCCAAUGGGCCGGGUGUACUAUGUGGAUCACAUUAGCCGGACCACCACGUGGCAGAGGCCCACAGCAGAGUCAGUGAGGAACUAUGAGGAGUGGCAGAACCAGCGUAGUCAACUGCAGGGAGCCAUGCACCAGUUUAACCAGAGAUUCAUCUAUGGGCUUCAGGACCAGCUAGCACCUGCAGCUAAUAAAGAAUUUGAUCCGCUGGGUCCUUUACCACAAGGAUGGGAGAAACGAACUGACAGUAAUGGAAGAAUGUACUUUGUUCAUCAUCCUACAAGGACAACACAGUGGGAAGAUCCUCGCACUCAAGGGUUGUUGAAUGAGAAGCCCUUGCCUGAAGGUUGGGAGAUGAGAUUUACCGUAGAUGGGAUUCCAUAUUUUGUUGACCACAACAGGAGAAGGACGACCUACAUCGACCCUCGCACAGGCAAAUCCUCACUAGAAAACGGCCCACAGAUCACUUAUGUGCGAGACUUCAAAGCCAAAGUGCACUACUUCCGCUUCUGGUGUCAGCAACUGUCAAUGCCUCAGCACAUCAAGAUCCACGUCAAUCGCAAGACACUUUUUGAGGACUCUUUUCAGCAGAUAAUGAGCUUCCACCCACAAGAUCUGAGGCGAAGACUGUGGAUAAUCUUCCCAGGAGAGGAGGGGCUAGAUUAUGGAGGAGUGGCAAGGGAAUGGUUUUUCCUGUUAUCCCAUGAGGUUCUGAACCCCAUGUACUGUCUAUUUGAGUAUGCGGGCAAAGACAACUACUGCCUGCAGAUUAACCCCGCCUCCUCAAUCAACCCGGACCAUCUCAAGUACUUCAAGUUCAUUGGACGAUUCAUUGCAAUGGCUCUGUUUCAUGGGAAGUUCAUAGACACAGGCUUCUCUCUGCCCUUCUAUAAGCGGAUCCUCAACAAGCCUCUGGCUCUGAAAGACCUCGAGUCCAUCGACCCGGAGUUCUACAACUCUCUCAUCUGGAUCAAGGAGAAUAACCUGCAGGAGUGUGAGCUGGAGAUGUAUUUCUCAGUGGAUAAAGAGAUCUUGGGCGAGGUCACCACUCAUGAACUGAAGCCAGAUGGAGGAAAUAUUCUUGUAACAGAAGAAAACAAAGAGGAAUAUAUCAGGCUGGUGGCAGAGUGGAGAUUAUCCAGAGGAGUUGAGGAGCAGACUCAAGCCUUCUUUGAAGGUUUUAAUGAAGUCUUGCCCCAGCAGUACCUGCAGUACUUUGAUGCCAAAGAGCUGGAGGUGAUGUUGUGUGGCAUGCAAGAGAUAGAUCUUUCAGACUGGCAGAGGAACACCAUCUACAGACAUUAUGCUCGUAGCAGCAAGCAGAUCAUUUGGUUCUGGCAGUUUGUGAAAGAGAUGGAUAAUGAGAAGAGAAUGCGUCUGCUGCAGUUUGUGACUGGAACCUGCAGACUUCCUGUUGGAGGGUUUGCUGAUCUAAUGGGGAGCAAUGGACCACAGAAGUUCUGCAUUGAAAAAGUGGGAAAAGAAAAUUGGCUUCCCAGGAGCCACACAUGCUUUAACCGUUUGGAUCUUCCCCCCUAUAAGAGCUACGAGCAGCUCAAAGAAAAGCUGACGCUGGCCAUCGAGGAGACUGAGGGUUUCGGCCAAGAGUGAUUCCCUCACACAAACACAUCUGCACUCGCACAGGACCUCAUCAGCACCUCUCCAUACCCCUGAGAAAACACUGCUGAUUCUCAAGUGAAGGAAAGAAAGAAAGAAAUCAAGAGGAAAAUAAACUCAUGGAACUAUGGUUUCCAUAUCCCUUCGCCUAGGCUCACAUUUCCCCUCUUCUUCAAGGUUUCACUUGUUCUUGCGGUAAUGUUGCCUUAGUUAGUAAGUAAUCUAUGCACCAGAAUGCCCUGGCUUGAUGAACUGAAUCCUGCUUUUAGACAUGCACACACAGUCCAGGCUAUGCACCCUACUCCCUGGUUCGCUGGAUUCACUUUUAGGACUUUUUUUCCGAGACUGUUCGGUCAUUUCUGAUUUUAACCUUGUACAUGCCUCCAGUACAGUCGGACAUUUUAUCGUUCUAGCAGAACUUGAAGUAGUUUCCCCUCUGUGAGAUGGUGCCGUGUCUGUGUCUGAUAGAGCUCUUCUGUAUGCAUGACAUAAAAAUACACCAUAGUUGUACGGGCUCUUCAUCAGCGAGAUAGCUCCAUCCACGGAGUCUUGGAUAGGAGGAUUGAAUGUGAUCAGCUUUUCAGUUGCGAUCAGUAUUUUCUUGCACCAAUAAUGCACUUUGAGAGAUGAGGUCAGUGGUUGAAAUGAGUGAAAACUGCCUGAAUGUUUAAAGGUGGGUCAUAAUUGAGCCAUUCCAACAAAUUAAAAAAAAAAAAAAAAAAAAAAGAUUUUUUUCUCCCUUUUUGUUUAACAUUAUAUAACUAUAUGCUUUAUUUAGACUCUUUAUUUAUUUAUUCAUUCAUUAAGGAACCUUAAAUAGCUUACAAUAGGCAAGAAAAUAACUGAGAAAUGGUCAGUACAUGGUUACUUGUUGAAAGGGCUCAAUUAUGUAAGGGAUUUGAAGGUCGAGAGGGUACACUCUUAAAAGCGAAGGUGCUUCAGAUGGGUUUUUUGAGUAAUUCCAUAGAAGAACCACUUGUGUCAUUAAAAAAAGUCGCUCAAAUCUUUAGGCAAGUCUGUUCUCUCGUCAGCUGUCUUUACGAUGUUGUCUUUACGAGUGCAGUUAUUUCCAGUCAUAUGAGACCAGCCUUUCAUCUUUUUGAAUGGGAAUACUUAAAACUAAAAAUGAAAAUACAGUUUUAAAAAUGAAUUUUAAAUAAGUAAACUAAUUUGAUAAACCCAUAAACAACAAGACUUUUGUCUUGCUCUGGGUGCUGCGUUUGCGCAGAUCUCCACCCUAAGUUGGGGCUUUCUCCUCUAGCACACUGAACUUCCGCUGUUGCUUUUUGUCUUUGAUAAGUGAAACUUGUUCAGUGUUAUGGGAACUCAGAUUUAUGUUUCAACCAGUGUUUGGUCUUCUCAUUAAUACCAUGCUUUCAUUGUGAUCCAAGUAUCGCUGGUUUAAAUAUUGGAUCAGGGUUCUUGGCAUCAGCAGCCGGAGCCCGAGAGAGAGCACAAUUGGCAUGCACUAGCCUUCACCCUCCUAGUGUUGGGGCAUUACUAGUAAUAGAGGGUUAAUAUGAUCAGGGAUUGGGUAACUGACUUUCCAAAUUUGGAAUCUUCCUUCCUUCCUUCCUUCUCUCUCUCCUUUCUCCCUUCUUUCCCUCCUCCCCCCCCUUUCUGUCCUGCCUUCCUUCCUUUCUUCCGUCCUCCCCCCUUCUGUCCAUCCUUUCUCCCCCUUUCUUUCUUCACCCCUUCCUUUCUUCACCACUUCUUUUCCCCUUCCUUCCUUCCUUUCCCCCUUUCCCUCAUUUCUUUUCAAUUUGAAAGACCAAUUACCCCACUGGCCCAUAUCACUAGUAAUGCCCCCAAUGCUAGGAACUGGACCAGUUUGAGCCCCCUCAAACUUCUAUUUAACAAACACUGAUCUUUAUGGAACCAGUAGUAUGGCAUUACUUUGAAAAACGCUUUGAAGCACUGUCAUUUUUAAGAGUGUAAGUGCAGCUUAGUCUAGGCUUGUUUAGACCAUAUUAAAAGGACUAGAAUCAGCCAGUCAGCAUGUUCUUCUAAUAAACCAAACACACCAAAGAUGUGAGGGGAGUUGGUGUGAACUGACGCGAGCCUGGCUUUCAUUAUAUCAGAAGUGCUGUGCGUGUCCCAUGGAUCUGCUUUUUUUAGAAUUUCCCUAAAAAGCAGAAACAUCAAGAAGGCAGUAAAAAGAUGAGCUAAUAAGUUCUGAUGCGGUAAAGAUACUAAUCUUGUUGGUGCACCUUAAAUGCAUUUAGAAAGAGUACCUUCCUGCAACAACCUGGGUUUUUUCACCCGGUUCUUCUGCUGAUGAAAUGUUCUAAAGUGAGCCAAUCUUCAUUUGAUCUGCGUCUUGAGUGUGCACUUGUCACUUUCCAGUUAAGUCUGGUCAUCGUCUCUUCUUCUCUGAGCAGUUUCACAAAACUUAAACUGUGAUUUAAAAAAAGAAAGAAAAACCUUUCCCUUUAAAGCUCUAAUCUAAUCUAAGCUUUAAUUAAUUUAAACAACAACAUUUUAAAAAAUAAAAUAAAAAAGAACACCAGUAAUGACGCAGGGGGAUUAAUAUGUUUUUAAUGAAUGGGUCAGCUAUUGUGAUAAGUCCACUCCUGCUGAAAGGUGCUUUAUUUUCUUUUCUAUUUAAUUUAAAUGUUUAUUUUCUGAAGGAGUAUGAUGAAGUGGUGUUAUAAGGCACUUCAUUAACAUAGACUGACUUUCUCUGAUGCUUAAUUAGCUUUGUUCUGGGAAACGCCAUGUAUGUUGUGUGUGUGUGUGUGUGUGUGUGUGUGUGUGUGUGUGUGUGUGUGUGUGUGUGUGUGUAAACUAUUAUGUUAAUAUAGAAUCAAAGAAAUUGCUAGAAAGUGACAAAUUCUAGCUGCAUAGUUUUCAAAGACUGUAGAUAAUAAUGUCUUCAGUGAUGUCUGUCAUUGGAGGGGGGUCUGUACAUGUCUGUUAAAAGUCUGUCAGUAAAGCUAGUGUAGCACUGGCUGUAGAGCCUAAUACAGAAAUAAGAUGAUUGAAAGCAUUUCAGCUCAAUCUCUCUGAAAUCUGUGUGAUUGUCCUGUGAAUUAUAAUACCAUGAUACUGUUAUUUUUUCUCUUUUUUUUAAGUUAGCACUCCAAAAAUGUCUUUUUUUUUUGUUACAUUGGACAUCUACCAGAAUGAGAGAAUUUCUCAAAAUGCAUUUGAAUCAGAUGUUUCCACAUUACAAACUGGUUUACAAUUUUAAAUGUACCUGCCUAAACCAUUAUCACUUGAUAAUUUGAUAUUUGUUGAUGUAAACUGUAGUCAUGCAAACAAUUAGGACAUCACUAAAGGGGCUAGGGCUGCACUGAUGCAGAAAUUCUGGGCCAAUAGCGAUAUCCAAUAUUACAAAUGUACUUAUCUGCCAAUGUUGACACCCCGGUAUAACUUUAUGAAGAAGAAAAAUGAAUUAAAAUAAGCUUAAAUUAAUGAUUUUUAAACUAGCACGGCCAGUGUUUGCUAAUUUAAAUAGUGUGGCCAGUAUGGCUUGGUCCUUUUCUAGCAUACAAUAAAUACAUCAGCAAUAUUAGCCAUAUCUAUAAUUCUGACAUCAUUAUGUAUCCCUAAAGAAAACCUUUGACUUUUUAAUGUAUUUAAACAUUUGGGCAGUUAAGCAUUUUGGACCAUAUUGAGAGAUAGUGGUGAUAUAACAAAAUGCACACACCUGAAAAUGUGUCUUUUUAUUAAGUAUUUAGUAUUUUUAUUUUAGUUAAUAAAAGUGCCAGAAAGAUAAAACUGUAAAUAAAAAACAAAUCAGGGAACGAAUUAAGAUUAAUCUGUACAAAGCAUAUUAAUAUUGUUUAUUAUUAAUAUUAUUUGGAGAUCUCUUUACACAUUGUCUGGUCAUGUUGGCAGUUGUUAUAAAGGUUUUCUUCUUGUGAAUUAUUUUCCAGACAGUGGAACAGCUCUUUUCUAAUUAGAGAGAUCAUUUUUUUCUAAUUUGAGAUCAUUUUAAACCCCUUCCCUACUUUUUGGCCCUACAUUACAUUUUUAUUAAAUACUUUUUAAAUAGAACUUUAAAAUUACAUUUCUUCAGUUUUACGUGUUUAUUUAUAUUUCAUCCAUCUCUCAAUAUUGUUCAAAUGAGGAUCAAAUGUCCAAAUGUUAAAUUAUGCAUAAAAAGACAAAAAGUUCUCACGCCUUGUCCUACAUUUUUUACAUGACCACACGUCCCUUUCAGGUCAAAAAGCAAUAGUAAUAUAUUUCCAUCUGUAUUUCUGAUAGACGAGUGUUGAAAGUCACUGUUUUAACACUUGUCUUUUUUUAAUGAAGGAGUAAAACUGGAAAAACCUGAGCCGUAUAAUUCAUGAAGGUUCUCAGAGUGGCAAAGCUGAUUUUAUUUAGAUUUUUCCUUCUAUUUCAUACCUUUAUCUCCCCCAUUACUGCACAGACUCAUUAGGACUUCUUUGAUUUAGCACAUGCCUCCUACGAUACAUGUGAUUCCAGACCCGCCUCUUUUCGAACAGCAUCACAGCAAGCUCGGAGAAAAGUGCCGGCUCCCCAGCUCUGAUACAUUAGCUAACAGAAGCCUGUGCUGACCGACAUCACACUAGAAGUCAGGAGGGGCGAGGGCAUCUAUCUAUCCACCCAGUGAGAGCUGGGCAGUUAGUUGUUCUCUCUCUCGUACUCUGGCUGCUGAUGGCUACGGAUCAUAGUGGCAGCCCCUAUUGUCUGCUGGACCAUUGAACACCCAACAGAGAUGAUUUAGCACUGAUCUCAAAUACUGGAUCACUCAUUUUUACAACAUAUCAGUAGUGUUGGACAUGCUGUUGAUUGAUAAUGUUGUUCUAAGUGUACUUUAUCCUGUGCUCUCCCCCAUGCUUGUAGCCUUUCCAACCACAGCAUGCUUAACCUCUAAGCACUUUUAUCAGCUAAUUACCAGAUGUAAUAAUUCUGAAUGGACAGCUUUAUAAUACUUUACCAGGCAGCUGUAAUAAAUAAAAAAAAUAUAUACAUUGUUCUUAAAGGCCUGCCUGGUUAAAAUAAGACUGACCCCCCCCCCCCCCCCCCCCCCCAACCAUUCAAAGUCACUGCAUUGCAACCAUGUCUUAAACCCGUCUGUAGAGAUGAACAUGUAAGCAGAGAUGAGCUUUUCACCUCUUUAUUUUCUUAUCUUAACAAAAGGCAUUGUAAAUCAUGUAACACCUGGUUCUAUCUUUUAAUAAGUGAGGUUUAAUGUUUUGGAUGAAUUUUAUUUUUAUGUGAAUGUGUACAGUUAGAGGAUUCUUGAUGAGAGAGAGCAGUUUAUUCUGAAUUGAAGAAAUAAAUCUAUACUGCGCCAUUU